AUGAACAACAAAGAAACCAAUCAAACUAAACCAGUUGCUGGAUUGAAAAGCACCAGCUUUAGCUCUGGGAGCAGCACAAUCGAUCAUGCCACUUCGGCCCCUACUACUACUGCUCCAACUUUGGAUCACACUCGUCAACGAAUGACCGAAGAAAGAGCUGCUAAAGAAGCCUCCAGAGCUAGCAUGCACCAUGCUACUGGAACUGGUACUACUGGUAUAGUUGCUAGCGGCAUUCCUGGAGCUGUUUUGGAGAGGAGUCAAAAGAGACAAAAAGAGGCCAAACGAGCUACUACAGAUGGACUGGUGGAUAGCAUGGAUGACAGGAAGCCACCCCCUUCAGCAACUGCCACACGUGGACUCAAGAGGUCUGUGGAAGAAAUGGCUGCUAAGGAUGCCGCUCGACGUAGUAGCACUGGGAGUGGACUGCUGGAUAGCACGGAUGACAGGAAGCCACCCCCGUCAGCAACUGCCACACGUGGACUCAAGAGGUCUGUGGAAGAAAAGGCUGCUAAGAAUGCCGCUCGACGCAGUAGCACUGGGAGUGCCACAUUGAGUGCAUCUGCUGUUGUACCUAGUCCAGCAGCUCAGAGGGGACUGAAACAGUCUGAGGAAGAAAAGGAUGCCAAAAAAGCUGCAAGAGGAAAUAAUGCUGGGGCAACAAAUCAAGCUCAAGCCAUUUCAUCUAGGAGUGCUGCCAUGGCCAUGGUCAAUCCCAUGGGGUCAAAUGGAAGCGCAGCAGCUGCUGCUAUGCAGCCUGGAGCGCAUUGUGUAACAGCAAGUGACACCGUUAGUAGCACUUCUGAUGAGCGUUCCUCGAGAUCUACGACCAUGUGCGGCCUUGCCAAGAACCGAAAACCUGUCUCAGGGCAAGCACCCGCAACGGUUCGUGGCGCUUCUGAUGAACGUUCCUCUGCGACAACACGUGGCCUUGCCAAGAACCGAAACCCAUCAGUCUCAGUGCAAGCACCAGCAACGGUCACAGAGAACGAACCUGGCAACACGCAGGUAGUUCAGUCCGAAAUGGCUUCUGUUGGUAUCAACGGGGAGGGACUUGGAACCACUAUACAAACACAAAAUGAUUGUGAACCAGAGGCUCCUGCCCCCAUCCCCAAUCCCCUUCAGCCAUUGGAAAUUGAGGAUAAUUUUGUAUAUGCAGCCAACAUGCCCAGUGCAAGUCCCGUUGAUGAGAAUCAGACGUGGCAGCAUGCUGUCCCUGUGGAACAGUACAAUGAAACAGAAGGUUCUGGUAGGAAAUCACCUCUCAUCUUUAUCAUUGUUGGCUUGUUUGUGGUAAUUGGAAUCAUUGUGACAGGAGUCUGUGGCAGCGGCCACUGCAGCAGUAAGGACUCCUCAUCAGAGGAACAAGAACUCAGUCCCAGAGAUAUGGAAGGCAUGGAAAUCAAAGCCCAACUGGAAAAAGUGCUAGGUCCAACAUAUUUUGAUGGUUCCACAGAAAACACGGAACCUCAUCAAAAAGCACUCAACUGGAUCAUCCAUCAAGAUCCCCACCAAUUGCCUUGGAAUUCCAACCAUUUACUCCAACGAUAUAUUUUGACACAGUUUUACUACAGUACAUCGCAAGCCAGCCCUUGGAAAUUCUGUGGCGCUGCCAGUGGUGCACAAACAGACGUGUGCAAAGAAAGGCGUUUAAGCCACCAAUUUUUUUCGGAGCGAUGGUUGUCGGGAGUUCCUGAAUGCCGGUGGGCUGGAUGCAGUUGUGAGGGAGAGACCAAAAAUAUUACUGUAGUUGAUAUCUGGGACAAUAGCUUCACAGGGUCACUUCCAAGCGAACUAGGCUUGUUGUCCCAUGCAGUCAGGUUGUCUUUUCGAUCCCAAGACUUUACUGGCACUAUACCCACAGAAAUGUACCAAUUGAAAGCUCUUACCAAUUUGGAUCUUUCAGACAACACUUUUACAGGAACCAUCGAUCCUGCAGUCUUCUCCAUGCCAUCAUUGGGAACACUCCAUUUUUGGGGCAACCAAAUGACAGGCACCAUCCCAACUGAAAUUGGGCUCUUUCAAGGAGAGGUGCUCUUCAUGCACGUAAAUUCUUUUACAGGAACGAUACCUUCCGAAUUGUUUUCCGCCAACAAGGUCGGGUUUUUUUAUUUUGGAGAUAAUAAGCUCUCUGGAACCAUUCCCACAGAAGUUGGACUUUUAUCCCAGCAAGUCCAUCUUGACACGAACGCAGACUUUCAACCUGAUAGUGGUCCUAAAUUUGGUUUUGCCCGCAAUAAUGCAUUGUCUGGGACAAUUCCAUCAGAGUUUGGGCUGGUGGACAAGCUAUCUGAAUUCAAUAUUGGAGAUACACGCAUUGAAGGCACCAUUCCUGAAGAGCUAAUCUUGAACUGCCUCAAUUUGUGGUUCCUCCGUGUAGAAAACUGCAACUUGAGGGGUACAUUGAGCACCAACUUGGGAUUACUCACAAAUCUCAGAUUUUUAUUGUUGGCGAACAACAAUUUUUCAGGCAGCAUCCCCGUGGAGCUUGAAGCGCUGACAUUGUUAGAAGGCUUUACUACGGAUGGAAAUCCUGAACUCAGAGGGAGUAUUCCUGGUGGCUUGUGCUUUGAAAACAUGUUUAAUGCCCAAGGCCAUGAGUUUGUAGUGGACUGUGCGACUACCACAAUCACGGCAAGUGAUGGUACAACUGGCAUGGGAGAACCACUUGUGUCUUGUCCUGAAGGAUGUUGCAGUGCAUGCUGUGAUGGGGGGACUGGAAUCUGCAUGGAACAGUAG